UGGACAUACUCGAUAAUUGAACAUCUUCAUUCUCAACAGCACAAUCUUGGGGUAUUCGAGAAUAGCCAUCUGUUCAGUUCGAUAAAUUUUGAAAAGCUUUGGAGCUCGAGAAAUGAGUAACAAUCAAGACGAAAGCGACGAAGAGAGCUCUAGAAAGCGCCUUACAGUUCCUAGCGGCUUUAGAAACCUACUCGAAAAUCUUACCUUGGAAAUUUUGCGGUCGAACCCAAGUGACAUUUACAAAUUUGCGGCUGAGUAUUUUAAAUCAAGGUUGCAGGAAAGACAAGGUAGGCGUAUUGUACAAUACUGUUGUCAGUUGUUAUAUCUGUAAUCGUAGUUGUAGGAUAAGAAUGAAGAGGCGGUCGUUCGAGUAUAAGAGAAGCGCUUGGAUUUUCGCGAGGUCUUUAUCAAUAACACAGUUACUCAAACAUGCGUCACUCGGCGCUGUUCACACUUCCAAAAACAACAUUCGAUCUCAUUUUGUUUCCUUCUAAGUUUUAGUGCCACGUGUAUCGAAACAAGAUUUCGUAUUUGCCCCCUAUCCUUUUGAAAAUCAAUAGCACAGUUUCUCAAAAGCUUUCAAACAUGGAAAGUCCUAUCAGUUUUUACAUCAGUUGUCCUCUCAGCUGCUCCGUUGACUAUUUUUAAAGGACUAUCCAAGGUGAUCGGUUUUGUUUAUGUUUUCUUGCGAGUUACGAAAUAUUUUGAAGCAAAAAGCGGCAUUUGAUCACCUUGUCAAUCCUUGUAAUUUUGAACGUUAAAUACGGCUUCAGUCCUGUUGAUAUGAAAUUGUCAGGACAGUAGAGGAGAAUCGACACGUCGAAUGGUAAUGAAUGAGUCGCCCCCACUGGGCCAAUUUCUAUGUCAGGGUAAUUUUCGGUUCAUUAAGAAAAUCAAACGAGUUUCUCUAAAUCUUGAAAAUUAUAUAUUAUAUUUUAAACUUCGUCAUGAAUGAAAUCAAUAAGAACUUGCCGAAGUUCUUGCGAAGUGUGACUGCCUAUUUAUUUUGAGUCCUUAAGAGAAACACUGUGGCCCAUUGUGACUGACGAAAGUGUAGUUUUUCAGCUGUCCCCGACAAUGUUUACAUCUGUGAGUCAGUGUUUUGCAAAGUAAAUUGGACUUUCGAUGUAAGUUAGGGUUCAAUAAAUGCAGAUUUGUGUUAUAACAUACUUUUCUUUUCACUUUCGAAUUUCCUCUGAAUCGUCAGCACAAAUUAUGGUUUUUCUCCCACGAACUCAAACGUUUAUGAUAACUACUUUUUGUAGGUUUUUUAGUAGGUUUACAUUACUUUAAUUCCAUACCGACUGGGCUUUAGAAGAAGGAAAGAGCUAAGCCCACGUUGAAGGAACUUAUAAUAAGAAAGAAGCCUAUAAAAAAAUAAUAAUAAAAAAACUGGUAUAACUUAAAACCAUAAAAAAAGAAAGAAAAAUUGGUAAUCCGCAAAAAUUAACGCCACGGUCAAAUUUAAUAUAUAUCGGUUUCAAGUACAAAAACGUUUUGACUGUAGAUACUGACAGUAUUGACUGUGGGAAAAAGGGACCCUGUAAAAGACAGUUAUCAAAUCCGGGGAUCAAAUUUAGCAAUUGACCAUAAAAUUGUAUUUUUUUUUCUGAUGUUGUUUCGCCUUAUUUUGACUUAGAUAAAUACAACAAAUCUGUAUGCAAUUUAGUUAAGAAUCGCAACUUUUAACUUAUUUCCAAGACGAAAAACCAUGGCCAGUUACAGCAACUAAUUAGUUCAAGCAAAAUGUCCGUCAUUUCCGUAAUUGUUAAUCCUAAUAUGCAACUAGAUUUUUGAAGGGUAGGUUAACUGUUUCACCAAGAUUAUAAUCAAAAUGCGACCAAAGAGGUUUGCUCUCAUUGCAGAGAAACUACUGUUUUAAUUUUGAAGACACGAAGAUGGUUUAGACUUUGAAAUACUUGUUUUAACCAAGCAGGAAAAUACCAUUUGAAAGUGAAAAAUUAUUUUAACCUUUCAUUUUGCAACUGCUGAUGACGGUAUAUUUUUGCCUAUCUAACGAGGUAUCGGCCGGAGAUUGAGUGGUUGCUGAAUAUUGUUUAAAUAGAUGUUUUACACCUGCAGUGUUCCUAAUGACUGAUUUACUGAAAUGCAAAUAAUUCUUAUUAACCAUAAAAUCACUUAUCAGUUAUUCGCCAUUUGCACAUCUCCCAAAACACACCUUGCUUGCACCCCAAAAUUUCGCCGCAUAAGUAUUGUCUUAUAUUUCUCUUGGGACCGCUGUAAUACCCUAUCGAUAUAUCCAAAAGAGUAUCGAAUAGAAUUUCCGCGAAGUUUUCUCUUAAAAAUGGGUUUAGAGGCAUCUCUCCCGUCAGAAGGAAUUAGGUUCGAUACUUUUGCUCCAGUUCUUGAAAAUGAGCGUUCGAAAAUUUCCAAACAUCAGCGAUUUAAUUGGUAAAGGGCCAAAAGGGAGGUUUUUUGCGCCCGAAAAGCUCCAAAAUUACACUAUCAACGGAAAAGAAAUGGAGAAAAAGAACUAAGAGCGAGGAGAAAGGGAAAAAAGCAAUGUAUGGUUGCAGUUUAAAUUGGCUGUACUUUGCGUGACUUUGGAAACGAGAGGGAAGCUUUCGAAAAGACGUCUGGGACUAUUUAUAAGGACAGGGGAAAAAGUUGGCCAAUAGCUGACCGACGCGUCCCCAGUAGCGAUCCCAGAAAUAAUAGCGGGACGCAUCUCGGCUCCAGUCCCCUUCUCGUAUCUAAAGUGGCGAUUUCCCCGAAGAAGUCAGGAUGUGCCCGACGAAAUAUUGGAAAGAAAAGCCUAAACUCAUUGAUGUACAACCAGCCUUGCUUUUUUACUGUAUGUUUACAGCAAUGAAAAUUUGCUGAUUAGAUCCAGCAGGAUCCGCACCUUUGUUUUGUACGUUGACCCUCGCUACUUGUGACAAUAAAAGUAUCACCACCGCAUGCAAUCUUAUCCUGCUUGCUGUUCAGGUUACGUCUUCACGGAAACUGUCUCAGUGUUGUCUUUAAAAAAUAACUAAAAUAACGAAAGAAGUAUCCGAAUACUUUCUACCAUUUUUAAGUUAGUGGUGGGUCUGCCCUAUUGACCUUUUUUUGACACUCGAUUCAGAAUGGUUCUUAAUCCCCAUAAAAAGGAGGAAAAAAACCGCGUAAAUUGAAGACUUGAUGAUCGUUCCGCAGCAGAUGGAAACUCUCUCUGACCACCACUCAUUUAAUCUGUAAAUAACGUUUAGCUUUUAACUCCAUGAAAGUGCUUUAUUUAAGCUUUUCUUUUUAAAUACUUUUAACGCAGAGCGAGGAUUUGAUGAUUGCCUUUUGGGGUCACAAAUAGAUGGAUAUUAUCGCUACGAACCGUUUGGAGGCAAGCAAGAGAGUCUUGAUAAAGCGGCCACGAAAAUUCAAUCCACUUUCCGUGGCCACAGGGCAAGGCAAGAGAUUCGAAAAGGCAACGCCGCAUUCGAAGAAAACGAGGCAGAAAAAACCCAGGGAGUGGUCGAUGGUUUUGGCGGGAAACAAUACGGCAGUGAGGAAGACGCGGCUGCCGUUCAGAUACAAGCUGGUUGCCGUGGUUACAUUACUCGUAAAGAGCUGAAGAUGCGAGACGAGGCCGCGAUCAAAAUUCAAGCUGGUUAUCGAGGUUACGCGGUCCGGAAAGGGUUGAAACAGAGCUCCGAAAGGUCAAACUUGGAUAGAAUCGACGAAGAAGUUCCAAAGGCUAAUGAGGGCAAUGAGCAGGUAGAGAGAAAUGAAGAGGUGGAAGCCGCGGCUAUUAAAAUUCAGUCCGCAUUCAGGGGGCAUCGAACAAGGGAAACAGUGCUCAGUAAAAAAGAAAAGGAAGAGAACGCCACUGACGCGAAAGAUGAGGGGAACAGAGCGACAGAAAGGGAUCGUGAACUGGCUGCUAUUAAAAUCCAGUCAAGCUAUCGUGGUUACCACACUAGAAAACAGAUACAAGAAAGGGGGGAAGCAGCCACGAAAAUUCAAGCUUAUUACAAAGGUUACAGGGUCCGAGGGCUUCGUCGUGCGCAGUCAGAAGCUGCCGUGAAGAUACAAAGCUACUACCGAGGAUAUAAGACAAGAGAACAGUUUAAAAAGAGUUAUUCCUCGAAAAACUUCCUGACCGUUUCAAACGACGAUGAGUUUGCCCUUCACAGGGACAGUCGAACAUCGUUCAGUCUUCCCGAAGGCGUGAAAUUUGAGGGAACCCUUGACGAGGACAGCGACUCGGAGAUCGAUAAGAUGGUGGAUCAGUUGGAAGAAAAGCAGAAAUUGAAAGCAAUCGAAGAAGCUUCGAGUCCCGAUGCUGCAACGAAAGACAAGGGCGGUGAAGAUAACUUGACCAACUGCUGAUUCAUAAAAUGAGAAUGGGUUUCAGGGAUUUCAUUCAUAGACAAAAACUUAUGAACCACCUUGAAUAGCAUUAAUUACAACAAGGAAUUAACUGCUAACACAGUAGUCUAAAAGCAAGCUACAAACGUAUACUUGGAACACUUCGUGGUGGC